UAUUCAGCUUGAAGAGCAAAGCGCUGAAGUACCAAGCAUUCGACCGCAGUGCACCGCGACGAACCGAGCGCGAUACGUAUUUCGACGACAGCGAACGCUGAUCGAAAAUUUCAAAUAAUAAUCUCAAUUAAAAUUUGUUAACUUUUGUUUUUGAUACUAGUAUUAAGUGUACAAAAACUUAGAUUAAUAUUUCAUUGACUACGACUCAUUGAAUAGGGUAUUAAAACAUAACAUUCGUCGAAGAACCGGAGUCGGAUUAACACGUACUGAGUCUUCGGUGAUAAAAAUAUCCUCUUCUUGUGAUACAUCGAUGGGCGUCCGCCAGAAUCCUUGGACGCCGACUAAAAGACGUGGUCCCAUCGCUGCAGAAGCUGCCAGCCCCGGGCCAGCGGUUGUGUCAUUGCCUUCUUUAAUCGGUAAACCUCCGCCGGAAUCUCGCAAGGCCCGCGCCCCAGCCUUUACAUUCGGCCAAAAAUUAGAAUCUUCUGGCAAGGAAAAAGCCGGUCCUGGUCCUGCUUCUUAUAACACGGAAGGCAUGACAGCGAAAGCGCCGAAUGUUUAUUCAAUGCCACCGGUUCUUGGUGAGGCACGAGAGGGUAGCAAACGAGCAGCACCAGCUUUUAGUAUCACUGGUCGAGGGAAAGCGACAGAAUCGAAGAUACCCAUGCCUGGUCCCGGCACCUAUACCACAGAUAAAGCAGCAUCUGUGAUCACAAAGCGACCACCAGCCUACACCAUGGCUCCGAGAAGAGAACUAAAACAUCCGUCAUCAUCCGUCCCCGGUCCAGGAGUUUAUUGCCCUGAAAAAGCUGAUGCUAUCUUGCGCGUAAAAUCUCCAAAAUAUAGUUUAUCUACAAAAAGUAAAAUAGAAAAAAUUGAGCAAGUUCCUGCUCCAAAUGCAUAUAAUCCGCUAAAGGCAGAUAGACUGCUGAGAGAAAAAUCACCUGCAUAUUCGUUUAGAACUAAGUCAGAAAUUAUAAAAGUACACAACGCACCAGCACCCAAUGUAUAUUCUCCUGAAAAAUCUCUUCAUGCUCUUAAAAACGGACCAAAAUAUACACUCGCUGGAAAAGGUACUGCCGAGAAACACGAAGUGACGCCAGCUCCUAACUCCUAUAAUCCCCAAAAAGCUGAUAAACUAUUACACGAGAGUUCACCUGCAUUUACACUUAAAUCAAAAGACGUACAUGUAAAAUUUGAGGAGACACCAGCACCAAAUAUAUAUUCUCCAGAGAAGUCAUUACAUAUGUUAAAUGUUGGACCGAAGUUCACUAUUUCAGGUAAAGGUCCACAAGCUAAGAAGGAAGAAACACCAGCUCCUAAUAGCUAUAACCCAGAAAAAGCUGAUAAAAUUUUACAUGAAAGUACACCAGCUUAUUCAUUUAGAAUAAAAGAAGAGCAUAUUUUGCGUAGUGUAUCUCCAGCUCCAAAUGUUUACCAUCCUGAGAAAUCGAUUCAUUUAUUGGAUAGCGCACCUAAGUUUACGAUUAGUGGAAAAGGACCUUCAGAAAAGGUUGUGGAUACUCCCGGUCCAAAUGUUUAUUGCCCAGAUAAAGCAGACAAAUUGUUACACGAAUCGUCACCGUCAUAUUCAUUUAGAAUAAAAAAUCAGGUUCUCAAAACCGAUUACGUGCCAGCACCAAAUGUAUAUUCACCAGAGAAGUCUAUUCAUAUGUUAGAUAGUGCUCCAAAGUUUACAAUAGCAGGAAAAGGAGCACCACAGAAAUUUGAGGAUUCACCUGCACCAAAUGCUUACUCUCUCGAUAAAUCUGAUAAAAUUCUUCAUGAGUCUUCACCAUCUUAUACAUUUAGACCUAAAGUAGUUGCAGAAAAACCUUCUGAUACACCAGCGCCGAACGCUUAUGAUCCCAAAUUGCAAGACGGAACUCCGAAAUUUAGUUUAUACGGGAAAAAUCCAGAUAUAAAAUCUAUUGAUACCCCUGCACCCAAUGCCUACGACCCACGCUUAUUAGAUAGUGCUCCUAAAUAUACUUUAUCCGGUAAACCCAGCGAAGCCAAACCUUCUGACGUUCCUGCCCCUAAUGCUUAUGAUCCUCAUUUACCAGACAACACUUUGAAAUUCUCAUUGAGCGGAAAAGGAAAAGAAGGAAAAAUUCCAGAUACUCCUGGCCCUUCAAAUUAUGACCCUCACUUACCUAGUAAUGCACCAAAAUAUACUUUAUCGGGUAAAGGACACGAUGAAAAAAUUCCAGAUGUUCCUGCACCAAAUGCUUAUGAUCCUAACUUACCUGACGGAUCUCCCAAAUAUAGCAUGGCUGGUAAAGGACAUUCCCCAAAACCAGUAGAUACUCCUGGACCAACCGACUAUGAUCCCCUUUUACCUCAUAGUAGUCCUAAAUUUACAAUUAGCGGAAAAGGUCCUGAACCGAAGGUACAGGAUAUUCCUGCUCCAAAUACUUAUGAUCCUCGUUUAUUUGAUAACACUCCAAAGUUUACUAUAACAGGUAAAGGUAACGCCGGAAAAAUAUCGGACACUCCUGCGCCUAAUGCUUAUGAACCCGGUAAAUAUGUAUUUGAUGGAGUGCCAAAAUAUAGUUUUGGUGUAAAAGGACCUUCAGAGAAACCCUCAAAUAAUCCUGCCCCUAACGCUUACAACCCAUCGGACAGAAUGCUUCACGAAAUUUCACCCGCGUAUACAUUCCGUCCUAAAAUUGAAAAUGGUAAAAUACCAGUCACACCGGCGCCUAACGCAUACAACCCAGAAAAAGCGGAUAAAGUAAUUUUAGAAAAAACUCCUGCUUAUACUUUAUCGCCGAAAGGGAAAGAUGCGAAAGUAAAUGACACACCCGCCCCUAAUGUGUACAACCCUGAAAAAGCUGAUAAGAUAUUGUUAGAUAACGCUCCUCGAUAUUCAUUUAGAAUAAAGACCAACCCCUUCAAACCUGAUAACGUACCAGCCCCGAACAAUUACAAUCCAGAUAAAGCCGAUAAAGUAUUGCUUCCAAGUGCACCUCAAUAUAGUUUUAGGAUCAAGUCUGAUGUCGUAAAACAUGUGGAUAGUCCAGCUCCAAAUAGUUAUACAAUUCCGAACCUUAACAAAACCCCACUGUACACAAUUUCGGGAAGACAUAAGGAGCCGAUCGACGAACGUUUAAAAGUCCCAGCUCCGGGUACUUACAACCCAGAAAAAGGAUAUAAGUUUGUUUUAACCUACUCACCUCAAUACACAUUUGGUGUCAAAAUACAUACAGACAAAUAUGCCGAUACACCAGCUCCGAAUAGUUAUCGUAUACCAUCAGUUCUGGAUGCUCCCGUGUACACGAUAUCAGGUCGUCACAAGUUGCCGGUAGACGAUAGAGUAAAGGUUCCCGCUCCAGGCACUUAUUCACCUGAAAAGGUGCAGAUUAAUCGAACACCACAAAUAACAUUUGGAAUUAAACAUUCACCACUGCUAGGGCAGUUGAAACCUAUUGAACCUCUUCGCUCCGUUGAGAAACAAACAGUUACAAAAGUGACAACGACUACACACAAUAAAGUUGGUGUUCCUCCAGAAAUUAUCCGAAACAAUGAAAUUGAUGUAACCGAAAGUAGUAAAAAUUAUAACGAUACAGAGAGACGAUCUGUCAACGAGUCUGCAGACUCGAAAUCAAAUAUAAAUAUAACCAGUUCUCGUACAAACGUCACUCAUGUCAGAACGCAGGAUGAAAUACGAAGUACGACGGUUACACCUGAACCAGUACAAGAAACACUAACUCAAGAAAUUGUAUGGAUUCCUGAAAAACCAGCGAGGCGUGGAUCGUAUACUAUCGAAAAGUCCGAUGGUAAUGGAUUUAUCGAACGAUACGAGAAUAACGAACUGAUUCCCGUUGAAAACGGAGCUAUCCGAGUCUCUGGCAGAGGAGAAAGAGGUGCUUCCUGCAAUGAAGAACGGAGUAGCGAAGUGAUAGAAAAAGACGGUUAUGUCCAAAAUGUUGAUAAAGUAUUCAAUAAUUCAAAAGCACACGAGAAAAGCCAGAAAGCAACAGAAGAAGUCCGUGUGGGAGUGGACGUCCAACAGUUACCAAAUGGCGGAACGUCAACUAAAACAACAACCACUACAGUCAGGAAAGUUGGAACAGCUGCUAAAACUGUUAAUGCUGCGACAGCAAUUACUCACACGAAAACAGCAGUAACAUCACGUGAUGUUGGUGUUAAAUAAAAUGCUUCGAAUUUCGUAACAAAUAAAGAUCAUAAAUUGGAAUAAGCUUGCAUCGCUUGAAUCGCUUCGUUGUUAAUAAAUGAAUCAUAGUUGUAUGCGAUAUCAAACGAGCUUAUUAAAGAGAACAAUAUCUAUAUUACAAUUCGCUGUUAAGAUAAACAUUCUUAUAAAAAAAAAAUAAUAAUAUCGCAUGUUGACUAAA